GAGAACAGCAACAGCACCAACUGGCGCUGGAAACAAAGAUGGUCGUAUCUGGCGAUCACAACCCCCUUGUCAUCAUGGGCGACGAGAAUGGCCACGAAAUGCCGCUCUGGGACCUGUCCCUGAUGAGGUCCACGUCCGCCGUGCACGCCUUUAACCGCGUCGAGCGCUACCCGCGGGCCUUCGUCGCGAGCUUCUGGAGAGCCGUUUUCCCCGAGAACUUGCUGACCGAAUUCCUCUUUGCCGCCCGCGGCGGCGUGCGGAAAAUCCCGCGCCGGUACCUGCAGAACAUCAAAUCUGCAAUUCUAAGCGCAUUGAAGGAAGUGGCUGCAAAAUCUCAGCAGCAAGAAGGUAUUGCAACUACUACUACACCAUCGGAGACCGAGACGGAGAUCACAGCAGCUCAAGAUGCUUCAUUAUCGGGAGUGUCGCCGCCUGUUCAGAACCGCCGUCGUCCUUCUAUGCCUCUACUACCGCAUCCGCACCAUGCCCGCCUUGCGCUCCAGUUGCAGAUGAAAAGAGACCGGGAUGAAGCACAACAAGCAGAACAGCAACAGACACUCACGCAGGCAAAAAAUACCCACAGUGACCAGAAUUUGAAUAUGAAUGCGACCGCGCAGCCCCUGCUCCUGCAACCGGACACCAGAAUCGACGCUACAGAUGAGGCCCGCAACGCAAUGCAGCGAACCGCUGAAGAAGAGAUGGAAGUUUCGCACAUCAUGACCUGGAACUUCGCAAAUGUUCUCGUACCACUCUGGCGCAACGUCGUGAUGCGCGCAAAUGUGCCGGCGGUGGUCCCACCUGCGUCUGCAACCGUGGGCGAUAUGAAAGUGCACAACGACGCCUCCCCCUCGGUUGUCAUGACUGCAUCAUCUUUGCCUCUUGGCAAUUUUUGCAUGGCAGGUUCUAGCAGAAGCAGCCCCAACAGCGCUACAAUCUUGCGGCGAAAACUUGUCUAUGCAAAACCUCGUCUUGCUGUCGCUUGUAUUGCAAUUGCUGUUCAUGUCCUACAAAGGGGGGAGAGGCGAGUUAUGCAUUAUCAUACGACGGAAACAAUUAGAAGAGCCGCACUUUGGCGCCCCUCGUACUUCUAACCCUAACACACCAAGUCCAACGAGGACCUCCGUGUUUUCUGUCAACAGAGGAGAGCUAAGCGGAAAGCUUGAAGUGGCGCUCUCCCUCCUAGUAGACCUGAUCUCGCCGCGGUCCGGACCGGAGACUGCGCGCGCGAUGAUUUUCGCCGCGGCUGAGGGACACGCCAAUGAGCAAGAAAAAGGCCAAUCGCAGCUGAUGAGCCUUUCCGCCGAGGAAACGGGAGGAGACGACGGCUGGUUCCUUUACGAAGAUGAGGAAGAGAUGAGCCAAGAGCCAGUUCUUGACACCGCCAUUGAAUCCCAUCGCACAAAGGAAAGCGCAGCGCUUUCCUUUGAGUCCGCGAUCGCUGGAACGACCAAAGCCGCGGCCGUGUUGGAAAGCGGGCGGGCGCACAGCGACAAGGCUAAAGCAAGACGUGUGCACGAAAAAUUUAUUGAAAAGUUGGUCAGCACAUUUGGCGUCACGGACAGCAGUGUGAUGAGCAGCAUGGGCGUGUGGCUCCUUACGCGAGGCCGUGCAGUCACUGCCACAGCCACACGACAAGGACCUCCAGCUGAGGUCGAUAAAAAAUGGCCGUCCUCAACGUCCUCGGGGGGUGAUUCUUAUUCUAGUCGUUCAGAAGCGCUGCCUUCGCCCAGCCAGAACACGCCACCGCCGAGCUAUCCGAGCGUUGUGAACGUAUUGCGGAAAAUCACACUGGGGCCGCGGCAUGACCACGUACUGGAUUUUGUUCGUUCUUCCGCUGCGCAAGGGGAUCCGAACGGGACCGCGGCAGGGCAGAUGACUGCAAAAUCUGCAGUGCCUGCCGUUGUGCCCGAUGAAUCAUCUUCGGCGGGCUCUAGUACGACUUCUUCUCUACUCAAACCUGCAGGUGACACUGAGAGUCAGAGUACAACUGCGCGAGAAGAUAAAAAAGACACCCCGGACCAGGAAGACCGUCUCUACACUGAGCGAGUUCUUUCUGACUCUAGACCAGCUCAAGAAUUUCAAACAGACGAACUGGACCAGGCUGGCGACCAAUCCAUUUCCGAUUUGGUGGCGCAAACGGAGAACCUGAGCCUGCUACCUUCCACUCCUACUACUUCGCCCGGGAGCGGGCCUAGCACAGAACCCGCCAAGCGCACGAAUAGAGAAGAAGAAACAGUCCCACUGUCGGUUGUGGAGCCAGAGGACUCGCCUGCACCCUUUUUGUCUCCCGCGGAACCCAUCGCGCUGGGGAAAGCUCCGCCGAAAUUAGAGUCCGUGUUUCCGCAAGCGAUUUCGGAAGUGGAACUUCAGCACCACACGAAAAUUUUCAUUCAAAAAUUGAACAGCUACGCCGAACGGAACAAAGAGCAACGGAGCUUCACCGCGUCACCCUACGACACAAGUACAUCGUCGAAACAGCAGACGCAUGAAGAACAACGUGAGCGCGGACGGCAUGAUGAAGAAGUAGGCAUCCUACAAAAUCCGCCGCGCCCCGUCUUGAAAAAGUCCGGUGAUGUUCUUAUGGACAUAGAGUCCACUGUCACGGGCAGUCGCUGCUUGUUCAACCGACUUUUUUACCAAAGGAGCGAAACUGCCACUCCUCCGCUUUCCUACAGAAUCCAGAACCCGAAAGCCCGCGCAGUCGCCGAAGCAGCAGAUGUUGCUGUGGGCGUCUACCUAUUUAAAUGCAAAAGCAUCGCACUCGUAGUCGUAGCAGUGGCAUCAACUAUGGAUGGAGACAAGUCUCUUUCCUACAGUCCAUUCGGCGGUACAAACUCAGUUUUCAGCUUGACAAAAUUUGAAAUCAUCUGAUUUCCACUCCUAAACUGGUAAUGCGAUACUUUUGCAAUGCAUACUACCCAUUCCGGGUUCCGCCGCUUCACGCGUAUUUGGUCAAGGUUGCCGUGGAUGUUGGGAAAGAUAGCGGGCCGCUAUCCUGAGUAAACGUAAAGACGUCCGCACAUGCAGGUUUGCAUCAGCAGUGACAUUUGUAGUGCCCAUCUUCAUGCGAGGCAUCCUUAGUCGUGUUUUGGCAAUUGUACUGCUGUAGACCGGAUAAGGAGAUGAAUUUGUUAUGCCCGCUGCCCUUCUUGGCCUUGCUAAUCCGCACUACAAGAAGAACAGGUACAGAUAAGUAGACACUAGCCUCUUGAUUUGCGUACUUAGCAAAAUAAAAUCCCCAUUUUGACUUUGGGGGUGGGACGUGUUUUUUACUCAGGAUAAGCGCAGGGAUUCGUUUUCAAAAAAACCUUCGAACACACCUUCAUCGUCGGACGGGCACUGAUUCCGGAUGAAGCGCAAUACCGACACAGUCAAGAUGACGUGCAUCAUGGCCGGCACUUUUCCUCUAAUUUUUUCGUGUUUGACGCCACGAAUGCGUUUGGGGCGAACGGGUUGCCACCCUCUCUGCGGUUGCUGCGCCGAGAUAUCCAGUGAAAAAAACCUCAGAAUCCGACAACACAUGAGCUCUGCGGAAGUGGAGGAACAAGCGAAAGCCAAUUAGUUUAUUGAUCAGCUCCUUGAUGACGUUCUUCAUCUACUUGGUCACAAGUUUGAUUGCCUUUGAUGCCACACGUCGUCGCUGACAGCAAUGUGAGUGUGACCUACACCUGGUAUUUAGAUGCAUUAUGAAUUGCCGUUGCGCUCGAGGAGCAGGCGAGGUAUGCAUGUCUAAAACUAGAAGCGACCGCAUCAACGGUCGAGUCGCAGAUGCUGAAAUUUCGAAGAUUCUGAGAUUCUUUCCCGCAAGACCCGAGGACGUUGAGUUUCUGUUCUGCGCGCAAUGGCUCGAAUUUGACGAGAAAGUGGUGCCUCCAGGUGGAUCUUUUGCUUCUUCGGCUGAUGAUCGCGAACGAAAACUAGUAAGUGAGCGGACAAGGAGUCUUCUUGCCUCGCACGACAAGAAAACGCCGGCAGAUCCUGCCUCCCCUAUCCUUGGCGCCGGCACGACACCGAGAGGACUACAGGCAGUCUUAUCACACCCGCUAAAUAUCGAGCCUGCGAGUGCAGAUCUUUUGCAUGAAAAGGGUCCGCUGGGUGUUGGAGUUGUUGGUGUGCAAACGCGUGCGGGAAAUCCAAAGGCAGGAAAUCAGGACGAGGACCAUGUUGGAUCAGAUGUUCAACAGCAGCAAGCGUUGCGGCACACGAGGAAGAAAAAGGAUGAUCAAAUUCACAACACGAACAACAACGAAGCAAUACCAGUACCAGUAGCAGAGCUGCCCCGAGCAACUGCCAGUACAGUCGCAGAAAGCAUCAGUCGGACAGCGCUUGACAAGCAAAGCUGGAAACAGAUGUGGAACGAGCUCAUCUUCCGGGAUGUUUUGCCUCAAAAAAUCAUCGCAACGGAAACAAAUUCAGGAACUCCGAGAAUUGAAUACAUCUACCAGAUCAGUACUGAUUAAAGCCACGCUCGGAAUCUCUUUGUCUCGUCCCUGCAACAUGAAUUUGCAUACUUAUAUAAACUGCUACAUUCCAUGAAUAUGUUUGCACGCAGGUGCAGCAGCCUG